GACAGGUAGAGCAUCCACAGCAGGAAUACUCCUCCUUUUUAUUUUCCUUUAUUUAUUUUUUACCCGCUGUUCACUUCUUUGGAAGACAGAUCGGCGCUGCUUGUCAUCACUAUCAGUCAUAGUCCUUCAACUUGAUUUCCAUAUUUUUAUUUUAUUUUAUUUUUUUUUUUUUUGGCUUUCCGAGACGCUGUAAGCGCGCGGCGCCAUGCCGCGGGAUUAUCCUUGCGCAUCCGCCGAGGCCAUUUCAUGCCGUUUUCCGCCGCGCCAGCUCCUCUAAUCCCUCAUACUCUGAAGACGCGGAGAGGAGGAGAGGAGAAGGAGAGGAAAGAGAGAGAAGAGAAGGAGGAGGAGGGGUAGCGGUGAGGGAUCAUCUCAGAGGACACGGGCGGUCCCAGCCGAGGGAGCCCCCCAAAAAAGAAGAAGAAGAAGCGAACGGAAAACGGCAAUCUCUCUCGUUUUCUCGAGGGGUGCAAGACUGGUUUUUAUUUUUAUCAUCGCUUUCCCAUCUUCUGUCUCUCGUCUUUCUCGCGUGCGUAUAAGCUCCCACCAUGCCUUUUCCACUAGAACCCCCCGCCUCCUCUUUUAGGGCGCCGGUGGCGCGCGCGGUCUCGGAGUAGACCCUUUUCUUAUUAUCCUCAAGAAGUCGAACGGCUUAUCCCCUGUGUUUUCUGUGGAAUAGCUCUGAAAGACGGUGAUUGUGUGUGUUUUUUCCCUCCCUCUCGCGUCUGUGAACCAACAGGCGGCUCUGGAUUGACACUUUUACCGGAGGAUGGUCAAUGAUCAAUGGGGAAUCAUGAACAGCUCUUCGGAACUCGAAGAUGGACAGCGCGGUAAAAACCAGACAUUCUGUGAGUGCGUACCCAGCUCCUCCCAGCUCAAACACCGAUGGUCAGACUCAGACACAGUCAGACAAACACCGCCCAAGAGAAUGAGCUGCAGUUACCUGCUCUGCACCAUCCUUCUCUUUGUGGCCGUCCUCCUCGCUGUCACAGUAACCGGCACCAUCCUCUUUAUGAACCACUACCAGGCCCCGCCCAUGUCAGACGGCCCCCCCCACAUCACCACCAACCAGGACGAGGCCAAUGCCCUGGUCACGGUGGAGAAAGGCGACGGGUCACGCAUUAAUAUCUUCAUCGACCCCAACUGCCCAGACUACAACAGCAACUUCCUGCGGCUGGAAGGCGUGCAGACAUCCCUGCUGCACUCCCUCACGGACCAUGACACUGACCUCAAAUCAGUCAAAGGCCAGGACCGCGCCUUACUGGUCAACCUGGCCGAGGAGGUGGCCAAGCUCUCGGCUCACGCCGGACAGCUGAAGAUGGACUAUGAGUCUCUGAGGAGAGGACAGGGCAACCUCGGACAGGACCUCAACGCUCUGCAGACCGAACAGGGGAGGCUUAUACAGCUGCUCUCGGAAAGCCAGAUUAACAUGGUGAAAGUGGUGAACUCUGUAAGCGAUGCUUUGAACUCCAUGCAGAAGGAGAACGGGGGCCUCAAAGCUCGGGUGAAGGCGGAUCUGCAGAGAGCUCCAGUCAGAGGAGCUCGUCUCAAAGGCUGCGCCAACGGCUCUCGUCCUCGUGAUUGCAGUGAUAUACACGCGAGUGGUCAGCGUGAAGAUGGCAUCUACUCUGUUUUUCCCACUCAUUACCCCGCAGGCUUUCAGGUCUACUGCGAUAUGAGCACGGACGGAGGGGGCUGGACGGUAAUUCAGCGUCGUGAGGACGGCUCUGUGAACUUCUUCAGGGAGUGGGACUCUUACCGAGAAGGAUUUGGCAAGAUAACUGGAGAACACUGGCUGGGUUUAAGGCAGAUCCAUGCCUUGUCUAUCCAGGGUAACUACGAGCUGAGGAUAGAUCUGGAGGAUUUUGAGAACAGUACAGCGUUUGCACAGUAUGGAAUGUUUGGAGUUGGACUAUUCUCAGUGGACCCUGAAGACGACGGCUACCCUCUCACCAUUGGUGACUACACUGGCACUGCAGGUGACUCCCUGCUGAAACACAAUGGCAUGAAGUUCACCACCAAGGACAGAGACAACGACCACUCGGAGAAUAACUGCGCUUCAUUCUACCACGGGGCCUGGUGGUACCGCAACUGCCACACCUCCAACCUGAACGGCCAGUACCUGCGCGGUCAGCACACGUCCUACGCUGACGGCAUCGAGUGGUCAUCUUGGACCGGCUGGCAGUACUCGCUAAAGUUCACUGAAAUGAAGAUACGGCCCACGCGGGAAGAAAGAGAGAGCAAGUGAUGACAUCGAGGAGGAGUGUGUGACGAUCAAGAGUGCGGGGUUGUAAUAGAAAACUGUAGAAAAAAUCUGCAUUGAAAAUGUACAAGAAACUGCCGUUAGCCACCACUAUCAGUGACGGUGACAUUUUGCUUGGUUGGUGGGGGGGUAAAAGAGAUGUUGUUGGUCACAUAUUUUUGGUUCUUUUGCUUAUUCUUUUGGGCCUCGAUUGAAAAGUCACAGUUGUAUGCAUAUGUGAAUCUCCACCAACCUUGUAAAAGUGCUCCAUUUAAUCAAUUCAUUGGUUGAGCAAUUUGAGAGACACCAUUGGUAACAAGUGUAAGGGGAUCAAGACUGGGAAAGAGUAGAAAAUUUUGACAGUAGAAGACUACCAGAGACUUGAGCAAAACCAAUAGCAAAUUCUUGGGAUAAAUGCUUGUGGAAGAAGAAGAAGUAGAAGAAGAUGAGAGGCACUGUUUGUUACAUUUGGGUUCUUUUGUUUUUUUUCUGAUUAUUUUGGGCCACAAAUGAAAAGUAAAGUCCAAAUUAUACGCAAGAUACAAAAAUGAACACCUCUGGAUAUGACAAGAAACCUUGAUUUGUCACAGGAAAUGUGAAAAACAAGAACAUUAUUUCCAAAAAAUAAUGUUUAUACUUUAAUGAUGGAAUCCCCACACACAAUGCACCAGGCGCCAUUAACCUGUGGACCACCAGAUUCACCAGUCUUAUGAUUUUUCUGACCAAACACAAACAAUGGCAAAAUUCGAAAUUAGACUGGUGACUGCUAAAGAAUGCAAGAACAUGCAGAGCAAUUGUCAAUUCCUUUUUUAUUUCCCAGUAAAAUAUGGUACAUAUUUGAAAUAACAAAUAGACACAUAGAGGCAUAAAGUGUUGGAAUGAGAGAGAGAAAGAAAUAAAGACAUAGAGAUAUAGAGACACAUUGAUGACAAAAUAGGAUGGAUAGGGGACACAAAUAAGGGAGAAGAUGAAAGAGGAAAAAAAAUCAGCGUUGUCUCUAAAGCACUAAAGCACAAAGAUCACUACACGAUGGCAAGUUGGGUAACAGCUUUGAGCGACAGAGAUCUUCACACCACUAUUCUUCUGGGGACUGUGCGCCAGAGCAGACUACAGUUUGAGAAAGAGAA